UUCGUGGAAUAAAACUACCCGGCAUCGAGUUAAAAACUGAUCGAAAUAAAGAACUCACCAUUGACGACUCUGUUGCAUUUAUAUCGAUUACGACAUUGUCACAGCAUUCGUUUUUGGACGUGGGGUGCUGUUUUACUGUCUUAGGAAGCACGAGAUGAGUUCUUUAUUGUAGGUUAAGCUGCUGGCGUAGGAAUACUUACCUGUGACAGACUACCGACUACCGACUAGCGCUGUGCUACUGUACAACGUGCUACACUGUACGUUAUCGAUACGCCGAAUCAAUAUGAUCAUACAAAACGUUCACGUUGGAUUCCUGCUGACGGUCUGUGCUGUGAUCUUCCUGUCCCCUCAACCGUCCACUGCCCCUUUAGCUCCCACGUGGGACUACUGUAAUUGUAGAUUUCUGUCGUGGGAGGGCUGGUCUGAAUGCACUGAGACGUGUUAUGGCAGGCGACGGCGCAGCAGACAGGUCCAAGUAACAGACAAAGAAGGAUGCACGGAAUAUACAGACUGUGCCUCCAACGACAUGGCCUGGGAUGUGCAGGCGUGCAACGAAGUGUGUUACAAUGGCGGUGUCCAUAACUCUUGGCCAUAUCCGUGCGCAUGCUCCCCUGGAUGGAAAGGGCGGUGUUGCGAUGCAGCCUGCGCUAGCAACGACAUGGGCUCGGAGAGCCAGACGUGCAAUAAAGUGUGCAAUAAUGGCGUGUACAAUGGUUAUCCGUGUAGAUGCCACCUUGGGUGGAAAGGAAGAUGCUGUGACACAGUGGUGACAUGCGGAUCGCCGGGGUCGAUAACUAAUGGCCGGGUCUACGGUAGCAACUACAACUACGGCAACAUCGUGAGGUAUUCUUGUAACCAGUACUACAACAUGAGCGGCAACAGUCAACAGGCGUGUCAGGAUAACGGGAUAUGGAGUGGAGCAAAGCCAAGAUGUAUAUUUGUGAACACGUGUGCCAGUAACCCGUGUCAGAACUCUGGCACGUGUGUGGAUGGACUUGACGAGUACACAUGUAGAUGUCCACCCGGGUACAGCGGAGUACACUGUGAAAACGAUAUUCAACCGCCUGUAUUUACAAACUGCCCACAAAAUUUUACUGCAUAUGCUACUGCCUCAACCCUGAACGUGACAUGGGAAGUUCCUCGAGCAUCAGACCCACUGGGUCACGAGGUCACCGUCACCACUAACUACCCGGAUGGCUAUGCCCAACUUCCGUGGGAUGAUUUCACCGUGCAGUACGUGGCCACGAAAGCGUUCAAUGGACUCCAGUCAGAAUGCAAGUUUGUCAUUUCUGUCAGACCCACCCCGUGUCCGGAGCUGAAUGUUCCAGAAAACGGCGCCAAAGUGUGCAAUGGCUGGAAGACGGACAUGGCCAAUCUGUGUCUGGUGUUCUGUUCUGGAGACAACUCUCUGCCGUUUGGUUUGGAUCAUCGUCAGUGGUGGGUGUGCGGGGCUCAUGGUGCCUGGAUUCCUGCUGCUCCCCUGCCGAACUGUUCAGCCCAGCCUGCAGUGGAUACUGGCGGAGACGGGUUGGAUGUUGGAGAAUAUCGCUACACGAGUUGUGCUAGCGAUGGGAGCAGGAUGAGGAGCACGUACGUGGAGAAGUUGAAGCAGUCGGAGUUCAGCUACGUGUGUGAGAAGUACGAGGAGGAUUGCGUCCCCGACAAUGUGGCUCUUCAGUGUGCACAGUGACGAAAUUACGUCACAGGGGAAUGUUCUCUAAACAACACGUUUUGAAUGUAACCGGUGAUACUUGGCUUCUUCCAAUAUUAAUAUAUUUAGAUACGUUUCUACAUGUAGUAUUUAUUUUUCAUGACUCUAACAAUAUAUUGUCGUUUUCAAAACGUCGUCUUGGCAC